AUCCACUCUUUCUAGAAAAGGGGAAAAAAGAAAAACAGAACCUAAUGCAAACGGUUAUUUUUCGUGCAACUUAUUUUCAUACCCAAUAGUAUUAGUCCUUUUAAUCAAACCAAAAGAGGAAAAGAAACCCUAAUUGCACUACGCCAGACGGGGGGUGAUAACCUGAAUCAAAUCAGAGCAGUUAGCGAUUCUCUGAGUGUUACCGGCGGGAGACUAAUACGGCCGUAGAUGACGGAUCCGUACUAUCCAUACCCAACUCCCGCACCUUCUGACGGAGCAAGCUUUGCCAGAAGUAGUUAUGCAGGUUACAUUCCAUCUGAGGCACCGUCAUUGGCUUCUCCUCUUCCUAAAUCCACUGAUUUUCCGGGUUAUGGAUCAGAUUACCUUAAUAAAGAUGUAAGUUUGUUUCGGAUGGAACCAUAUGGUGUUGAUGAUACAAGGGGAUCUAGAGUUCACUCCGAACAUAACGCGACAAGUUAUAAUCCUCUUGAAGAUGUAGAUUUAAGUACGAAAAGAGAUGCUCUGUUGGGCGUUAGUACGGGUGUUCCUGAUCCAAUUGCAAAUAACGAAAGAUCAAUCUCUAAAAGCAAUUACGAUGCCCUCCCAGUUUCAGCUGCGGAAUCAAACAUUUUGUUUGUGGGUGGGCUUCCAAAAGACUGCACUAGAAGGGAAGUAGGGCAUCUUUUCCGUCCCUUUAUUGGCUAUAAAGAUAUCAAGGUUGUUCACAAGGAGCCACGACGAAGUGGGGACAAGGCUAUGAUUUUUUGUUUUGUGGAGUUUACUGAACCCAAAUGUGCUCUCACCGCAAUGGAAGCUCUACAAGGCUACAAGUUUGAUGAUAAAAAGCCCGAUUCACCAACCUUAAAAAUCAAGUUUGCACACUUUCCUUUCCGCCCACCAACUGAUGACGGACAAUAAGCAUAUUAGUAUGACAGACUCGUGCUGACUGGUAUUGUAUUUCUUUGUUGUGAAGUUUGAUGCUGCUCAGAUGAACUCUAUCUGAUGGAGAAUUUGCUUUUGGAUUCAAAAUUUUAGACGAGGCCUGGCUGUUAAAUCUAGAAUUUUUUUGUUAGAAUUUUCAUGAUCUUGGGAAUUAGGCUGUGGCAUUGUAACAUUGAGUUUUGAUCUGUCGUAAAUCCCACGUCGGUAGGAGUGCGCCGCCCUUUCUUUCUCAAGCAGGGAGUUGUUGUGUAUUAUAAAAUAAAAUGGUCAGUUGUUAUUUUAAUGUGUAUUCAGGCAUCAUAUUUGGCAUUAUAUACCACAGGCAAUACCGCAACGCAACA